AUGUCGAUAACACAACCUCCACUCCCCCCAUUGACAACCUCAACAUCAUCCACUACCGCGAAUAUAAAUGCCACGACUGCUGCUACUACUACUACUGCUGGUAAUGCGACAGCAGCAAGGCUAUCAAACAUAGUAACUGGUCACUCGACUGGUCACUAUUCUGACCACCAGCAGGCAACUGAACCAAGACCACCCAACUCAACCUCUGCCUCGACGGCUGCCGGUAGUGCUACAGCUACAAGCGCUGUCUCCACAGAGCACCACGGCGGGCACUUGCACCCCCCAACCCAUCAACAACACCAAUCGACUGACCAUCAAUUACCUCCUCGUCCUCCUCCUCCUCCUUCUCCUCCUCCUCCUCCUCCUCCUCCUCCAACACAACCACAACCACAACCACAACAAGAAUCCUCGGCAAUAUCUUUGCCGUCAUUCAAUGUCGAUGCUCACCCCACCGUCCUUGCAGCAGCUGCCACUGCCGCUGCCGCCCAUCAUCAUGCCUCUGCCAACCAUGAUGGCCACCCAGCCCUUCAAUCUGCCGUUGUAGUUGCUCCCGACGCCGUUGGCCAAGCACCACCACCACAACCAUCCAUAGAGCCAGGCAACGUUGCAAACCCACAACCAUAUCCGCCUGAAGCAGUGGCCAUGUAUACACAGGCACUUCCAAUGGCCUCUCAGACACCUUCUCCAGCCUCCGCUACCACGCCGAAACCCCAGUCCAAGACCACCCGCCUGCGGAGGGCGUGUGACCUGUGCAGUUCAAGGAAAGUCAAGUGUGAUGAGACUCAUCCUUGUCGGCCAUGUCGCGAUCUUCAGGUCGACUGUACCUUUAACCGGGAAAUGAGGCGUCGAGGUCCUCCCAAUAGGCAUGCAGAGGCUGCCAGAGCAGCGAAGCGUCCGCGACUCGAGCCUGCCUUGCCGAACAACAUGGGCCACCAUGCGCAGCCUCACAACGCCGCCCAGACUUUGAUGUCCAUGGCUGGCAACCCGCGAGGCGGCCAUUCAGAGGCGCAUGGGCAGACUCAGACGAUGCUCGAUGCCGAAUCGAUAGCCCCAUGGUCCGUCUUGGUCCUCCUCGUUGACGACUUCUUCACCUAUAUCCACCCCUUGACGCCCUUCCCCCACGAGCCUACCUUCCGUCAGCAACUGGCCAACCGCGAAGACCAAAAGAGCCGCGAGUUUCUGGCCCUACUCGCAAGCAUGGUAGGCUGCCUGGUUGCCUCCUUCCCCAGGACCGCACGGUUGCAUUUCAAGUCACAGCAUGGCCUGAAUCUGUUCCCCAAGGCCAUUUAUCUCGUCGACCGAUGCCGCCAGGUGGCCAUGGAAGCCCGUGGUUCUCACUUUUAUAACCGAGAAGACAUGACGGUUUACGACGCAGUCACCAGCUAUCUCCUCGGCUUGGCUGCUGCUUACACUUUGCAAUGGAAGGUGUGUCGCCGCUUCAUGUCAGAAACGUGCAACAUCAUCAGAGAACUGGGAUACCAUAAACAGCGUGACUUUUUUGCAGUCACCUACCGGGGCCCUGCCUUCGAUCAUGUACAGGACCAGAUCGGCAAGCGUGUCUUCUGGGUCCUGUUUCUGGGCGUCCGCUCAAUGAUGCAGCUCGGCGGGCCCAGUGGUGAUGUAGUGUUCCCCCCACCGACACCUGCCGAGCCGUAUCCCGAUUUCCCUGUCGAGGUGGACGACGAGUUCAUUCUGCCCUCCCAAAUCCUGGUGCAGCCCCCGUCUGUCGUGUCACGUCUGACUGGCUUCGUUCAGGCCAUAAAGAUUUAUAUGACCAUGAACCCGUUGGUCAGCAUCGAGUUAUCAUACGGCCUCUCAACACUACCCUUUCAGGAUCAAAAGGUCAUGUUACAGGAUUGCGUGCAAGCUGUGAAGCAGGUCAUGGAAGGCAUGCCCCCAGAACUCACUCUAGACUUGGACAGCAAUCCCGCCGACGGUGUGCCAACAAGCCUGAGUGAGCUAUCUCGAAUUCCGGCGUCGCGUAGUGCUCUUAGCGACAGUGGAUUCCAGUACUGCCCGCUCGCCUUUCCUGCACAUCAGCCGGCCUCAGACAUCCGGCAUAUUGUCAAUAACGACCAUGGUCGUCGUCUGCUUCAGUAUGAGAUCCAAAAGGCAAAUAUAUAUGCGUCGCAGGUCGCGACACGCUCAUACUUCGUCGAACGCUACUUAAAUCUUCGCGAUGCCCAUCGCGAACAUACCCGCCAUCAAGCAGCACAAGCAUAUGCUGCCGUCACGGCCGUGGAAAAUGGCGUCAACGGCAGCAAUGGAGUUUCCCACGAUAGUAAUAAGAGCGUUGCCGCUGCUGCCCUACACGCUGCUACAGAGGAGCUAUCUGAUCCUAUUGACGAGAACAUGACAUCCGAGCGUGAGCUGAUUGUCCAGAAUCUCCUUGUCGUGCUGGCUUCCAUCUCUCAACGCAACAUGGAGCCCAAUGGCGCAUCCUUCAUCAAUAAGGUUCGUCAGGUGGCUUCCACUCUCGUCCACGAUGCUCCUGGAAGGAAGGGGCCCAUGGCCACCAAGGCCCAAGAGCCUCUCACCCGCUUUCUAGACAUUCUCAUGAGGCUGGAGAAGACUGGACCAGGGAACACGGACCGGGGUGACGGGACCAUGACUCCGCAGGAUGAAGAGAUGGAACUCAGGAGCUGGGCGGACCUGCGAGAGCACCAAAUGCGAUUUUACCAAAGUGGGGGGUUCAUGGGUCAACUCUAGGCUGAAGAUGUUAUCUACAAGGCGGGCGGUCAUCAUCAUGCGUGUUUCUGUUCAAGCGACGGCAAUUAGACGGUGUUGGGAACACAAAAAAAAUGUCAAGGCUUCUUUUUUCC